AUGCUUCCACAAGGUGGACGGAGGACUUUGGUUCGUGAGUUUCUCUCAAAAAGUAAAAUAAGAGGACAUGUAGUGGAAGUUUUACUGCCCAAAUGCAAGAAGAACAAUGACAAAGAACCCUUACUGCUGAAACAUCGACAAGGACAUAUUAUCGUCAAAGCCCAGACUGUUUGUUUGCAAUUGGGAGAUCAUAACAAUUUUCAUGUUAAUGUCGUUGACCUCGCGAUGCCCGAUGAUAUUUCCGAACUGCUCACGAAAGUAUCCGACGACGACGAAUUGGUUAUUCGUAUCUUACCGAGAUACGGUGAACCUGAAGAAUUUAUCUUAAAAGGAGAUGCAAGCGUGAUUUGUCCAUCGAUUAACAUUUGUGCAGACUUUUUCAGGAUUAUUCCACCAUCAGAUGAAAAGCCUGAUAUAGACUCUUCCUUUGGGAUUACGGUUGAUUCUCAAAUCCACACCAGCGAUGCUCAGAUCGGAGACUGGAAUAAAGCUGUUAUUAACCCCAGAGAGGGGUUUUGCGAUGUGUUUGACAGUACUCGGCCAAUCCUUCGUGUCCUAUGGUCGCCUCCGAAGGUUGUUUCAGUUUCUCUUAAUACAAACGAGUUUCCAAACUUCGAGAGAGAUCAUCGGGUAGUGCUUGAAAUUUGCAAGAAUCGCUUUGAUGGCCGAGCUUUUGAAUACUGCUUUGAGGAUGAAAUAAAGAGGCAACAGGGAAUAAUCUUUUGUAAGAGCUUAUGUGACUCAUCUUUGGCCGGAUCGAAGAAAAUGAAAGGUUUCUACGAUAUUGACGUGACGGUAACAGAAAUAAGUCAAAAUGAGAAAAUGGAAAUCAAAGAAGGAGUGAUGUUCAAACGCGAUGCCAGUUUCGAAAAUCUUCGAGGUUUAGUUGGAUUUUGGUUUCGUUUCCACGCCGCCAAUAAAAGAUACAUCAUUACUUUUUCAUUGUGGGAGAAAGAAACUAGAAGUCAGCAAAGUGGGAUCCUUGUGGAUGAGUUGCACAUUGCGGUCGAAACAAGCAAACGAGAGCGUCCACGACCAUCAAGAGACAAAAAACGUUUAUGCCCCAACAGGGUGGUCCGUGAAGGGGAAUCAGUUUCAGAUAAAAUUCACAGUAAGCCUACGUCACUUCCGGAAGGAAGUCAUGAAGCUGUUCAAGGAAGCGAACAGUUUUCACCGAAAGAUAACAGAAAUCAACCAUGCUUGUCCAUUUCGGAAGAAACAAUAUUUUCCGGAGAGAAGCUUCCGAGAUGUAAUGACGUAACGGCUGUAAAACGUAAACAAACAUCACCUAAAAGGAAACGACACAGAAAACCUUUAUGGACCGCCAAGGAGAUCCCUGAAGAGACAUCACUUCCGGGUGAAAUUAACAGUAAGCCUACGUCACGUCUGGAAGGGAGUAACGAACGCGAAGCUGUCGAAGCAAGCGAAUACUUUUCACCGAACAAAAACGAAAAGCAACCGAGUCUGCGCGUUUCGGAAGAAACAAAAUCAGUUUCCGGGGAGGAGCUUCAGGGAUAUAAUCACAUGACGACUGCAAAACACAAACAAACACGUGCACCACCUAAAAGGAAAAGUCAACGAAGUCAUUUACUUGAAAGGGAUUAUUGCAAUGGUGAAGCGCGGUUACCAGGACAAGCUUCCCAAUUAAUGUCAAACGAAAUGCCACUUCCGGCGGAAGUUGACGGUUUGGUCUAUGAGCAGAGCCUGCGAAUUAUGGAAGUUUUGGGAGAUUUACGCGACAACGGAAAAUGGGAAGAAUUCGAUUGCGAAGCUGAUCAGUUGCUUAGGAAAUUUUUUGACUGCAAUGACCUUCUGAUUAGUGUCAUUCUUGAACAAGGAAAGGCUGCCUGCUUUCGAAACGACCAAACGUCCGCCGAGUAUUUUAUUAGGAAAGCAUCGUUGAAAAUUCCGAAGGCAUCUUCUACUUUGGUAUCCCUGUGGACUGGUCGGGCGAAUACCUAUCUGGCGGAGAUUUACGGAAGAGAUAAGCUGGCACUUGGUAAAGCGCAGCGACGCAUCGAGUCUGCGAAGAAGCAUCUAAAGAACACAUCCUACCUUUUAGAUCGUGCCUGCCUUGCUUACGAAGAGGGCAGCCUGCUUCUCCAACAGUCUCACUUCAGGUCAUCCAUGGCGGAAGAAUCCAGGCGUUGCUUUGAUAGCUCUAUCGAGUUAUGCAACCUUGGCUUAGAAGAAAGCCCCAACAACCGCCUGCUUCUAAGAACUCACGACCUGGCAGUGACGAAGAAAGCCAUGCUUCUAAAGAUUACUGACCGGGCGGAAGCUUAG